GUUACUAGCCGGUCCUAAGCCCGGGUAAAGAGGGAAGGUUGGGCAUAGGGCUAGCAACCCUACCCCGUAAAACAAAUCUAACCGCUAAAGAAACUUCAAAGCACAAACAAAAUAUAAAAAAUGAAAACAAACUUAUUCCCCGCUGGAAUCGGAGAGGCGAAAUGACGCCAGUUGGUGAAAGCCUUCGGGAAGCCAAUUGGCCGAUGUGUCUUCUCUCGAUGAAAGCGAAAGUAAACGUGGGGACAUGGAAUGUCCGCACGAUGUUUGAACCCAGUAAGGCAGCCCAGAUUGCAAGGGAGAUGAGAAGGUAUAACAUCGAAGUGCUUGGGAUUUGCGAAAGCAGAUGGAAUGGGAGUGGACUCUCCAAACUGUCAACUGGAGAAUCAAUAAUCUACUCCGGUCACCCAGACGCCAACCACGAGCACACUGAGGGAGUGGCUAUCAUGAUGUCCUCAAGAGCAUCGAAGGCUCUCAUGCAGUGGGAACCAAUCUCCUCCAGGAUCAUGACAGCAAGAUUCAACUCAAAAGGAAGAAAGGUCACAAUCAUACAAUGUUAUGCACCUACAAAUAAUGCAGAGCAAGAGAAAAAGGAGGAUUUCUACAGACAACUUCAAUCAACACUGGACAAGACGUCAGUUGGCGAUAUCAAAAUUCUAAUGGGCGACAUGAAUGCCAAACUGGGAGGGGACAACACGGGAAGAGAACUAACCAUGGGUCGAGAGGCGCUAGGUGAAAUGAAUGAGAAUGGAGAAUUGUUUGCAGAAUUCUGUGCAUUCAACGAUUUGGUGAUUGGAGGCAGUGUGUUCAGGCACAAGGAUAUCCACAAAGCGACAUGGAUUUCACCAGAUGGACACACUAAAAAUCAAAUCGACUUUAUCUCAAUCUCAAGAAAAUGGAGACGCAGUCUACUUAACACAAGGUCAAGAAGAGGAGCAGAUGUAGGUUCAGACCACUCACUCUAGUGCAAGGAACCUUCCAAAUCAAGUUAAAAGCCUUCAAGGAAGCUGGUGAUAGACCUCAAUUCAAGUACAACACUCGGAAACUGAAGGAUGAAACUACAAAGGAGAUCUUCAAGGCAGCCAUCAAGACAAAAUGGGAGACGUCGAGGGACAUCCCUGAAGAAACCUGUGUGGAAGAACACUGGAAGUCUUUGAAAGCUAUGUGGAAAGAAACCUGCACAACAGUAUUAGGAAGGAAGAAGAAAGAAGACAAGGAAUGGAUCUCGACGGAUACCUGGAAGCUGAUAGAGGAGAGGAGGAUGGUGAAGCAGAAGAUAAACCAGUGCAAGGAUGCUCAACGACAAGAGGAACUGAGCACAAUGUAUAAAACACUGGACAAAGAAGUGAAGAAGAGUGCACGCAAAGACAAAAGACACUUCUACGA